CAAACCUUACUAGGUAGUAGCGUCAUCUCACCUGCUUAAAAACGGGUGACAGUGUUUCAUUAUACUUACAUGCUCCGUACAAACCUUACUAAGUAGUAGCGUCAUCUCACCUGCUUAAAAACGGGGUGACAGUGUUUCAUUAUACUUAUUAGAGAAUAGAGGAUAGAUUGGGAUUUACUGCCUGAUUUACUGGUAAUCCGUACGCACACACGAACAGGACCCAGUCUGUUUACACUCCUACCAGAUGCAGGACGCACAAAGUCGAUGUCGCCGAGAGCAACAUAGCAGACGGGAGUUCAAUGCUGGAGCAUAGUUUUAUGUGAAUUAACAGUAUAUUGUCACCCAAUUACAUUACAGGAGAUGACUACGACGACGGGUGUGACGGACUCCAAUCCGAUCCGGCUCGUAAGUAGUUCCGGUGUGACGAACAUCAAAUGCGUAGGAAUAAGUGGUAGGCGAAUCCACUUCUUCACGGACUUCUUCACCAGUAUGAUUGAGAUUAAAUGGAGCUGGAACGUCAUUAUUUUCAUUGGUGGAUUCACUAUCACGUGGUUACUAUUCGGCUUAUAUUAUUGGUUCGUGUGUCACCUGCAUGGAGAUUUUGUAAAUUAUGCGACGAAGGACUGGAAUCCAUGUAUCACUAACGUGAAAUCAUUCGUAUCAACAUUUUUAUUUUCAAUUGAAACUCAGACCACCAUUGGUUACGGUUCGAGGUCCGUCACGGAGGAAUGCCCUGUUGUGUAUCUGGGGAUUUUUAUACAGUCAAUAGUAGGUGCAGGACUGCAGGCGGCCUUGGCUGGUCUUGUGGUUGCCAAAAUCAGAAGAGCAAAAAAGAGGGCAAGGACCAUUUUGUUCAGUACCGUGGCGUGUAUAGUAGAGGAAGACGAUCAGAUGAAACUAGUGAUUCGAGUUGGUGACAUGAGAAAGUCUUUUAUAUUAAAUGUCCAAGUGAAAGGCUACUUCUUCCAGAAAAUGGCAGCACAGUCGGGGAAAAGCUACCCGGUGAAAUAUCACCCAAUGACUUUCAAAGGUGAAGACAGCAGUCUACAGAUUUUUCUUGCUUGGCCGACACAGCUUGUUCACGUGAUCGACGAAAAGUCGCCAUUAUGGACUAUGUCUCGUGAAGAUCUUAAACGUUAUAACUGUGAGCUUGUUAUUAUUCUGGACGGGACAGUGGCAUCUACGAAUAUGCCGUUCCAGGCGCAGACGUCUUACCUCCCCUGGGACAUACUAUGGGGUCACAGGUUUGACACGUUAGGCACAAAGGUGAAUAAAUCUGGUGCUUACAUACUAAAUUUUGCUAAUUUUCACAAGACUCAUGCAUUGACUACUCCAGUGUGUAGCGCACGAGGUCUGCGAAAAAUGAUAGAUGCUGGACUUCCGGUUCCAAAGGAAUGCCCCAGAGAAUCCAGACACAGUCAACAAUCACUCAGUCCAGAUGAACUCGUGGUUCGGUUUCAAAGUGCGGAUAACGACGCUUAUGAGCAAUCAACGCCAGCUGUUAAUUCACGGGAGUUAGGGUUUGACAAUAACAGUUUAGAAAACAGUGCAUUUUGUCACUCAACACCCAAUAUGAAUUCUCGAAAGAGGGUGUCUAAGAUAUUCAGUGAAUGACCGAAUGAUCAUGUGUUUUCACUGAUCGUGUUGUUUUAAUGGUGCUUGAUAGUAAACAUGUCUUCCGUUUUGUAUACCCUAUAUUUGCAUGCAAGUUUGUUAAAAUGUGAAGGAAACGAGAAAUAUCACCUCCUAAUAUGUAGUAAAAUAUUUUGACAUAUUUACUGAGGUAUGUUUUCAUGUUAAAUCGUAAGGAUUUAUUCAAGCGCUCUGGUGGCCUCUGUUGCUUAUGUUUAAAUAAAUAUCAUCAGGGAAAUCGUGUGGCCUAAACGCAAAAGUAAUUACUCGGAAACAAUCAAUGUACAGUAUUUUAAAUGUGAGAUUAUUACUUUAUGCUGAGCAGUAGAUACCGAGGUCUUCCUUAAAGCUACGAACUGUACAUAAAAGCGUACCCCACACUAAAAGAUUUGACAUGUAUUGAGUCUGAUAAUGCUUACCCAUAACUAAAACAUGAAACGACAUACAUGAAGAUAGCUAAAUACCUUGUAAUAGGAUUAUUACGCUAUUUGGUCUGUUAUAUUGAAAACAUUAUGGCAGUGAAAUGUAUUGAUCUAUAGUGUAUACAUGUUACACUCACUUGUAUCUAAAGAAGUCUCCAAGAUACUGGUUAUAUCGAAAGCAUCUAUUUUUUACAUCGAUGGAGUUUGUGCUGAGUUGAGAGAUUUACCAGAUUCGCUACAUAUUCGGUUAGUGAGUUGUGCCAGCUAACUUCAGGAUCGUGAUAGCGACUUGCAUCUCCUUCUAAUUUCUAUUAUUGAAAGCUGUUUUAAAGCAGCAACACUGGAGCUUUAGGGGACUUUUUUGUGUGUCUUGGUCGGAGCGACCCACGGAUUCCAUCAGGAUACAUUAAUGAAGAAGUUCGUCUAUCUGCGUAGUUAUAACGGUGUUACUAUGGUGACAGUGAUAGAGACUUCGAACUUUGUCCUCGGUUGAUAUCAUCUGAUCAGGUUUAUAGAACGUAGUAUAUAUCUUAAAAUAAGUCAAUUACUCAUUCAUAUUCAUGAGCUUAAUCACAUCUGAUAAAAUGUUAUCAAAUAGUUACUAUUAUGCAAACGCAAAAUGUCUUUCUCGAAAGUUUGUGGUGAAAAAGAGAGAAAAUGUGUUAUAGAGUUGUUGAUUUGGAAAACAAAACGUUUGUUAUUGGAUGGUUUAUAUUGAUAGGAAACUGAUAGGAAACUGAUAGGAAACCGUUCCGGUUUUUUCACUAUCCUGUUCGAGUAUUUGGGGAUCAAUAAUGGCAUAACGUCAAUUUUUUUCCGGAAUCUUCCGAGUUUUUUCGAAUAAUUUUGUCGCCUUAAGGAACUGAUAACCCAAACAAACACGACAGUUGUUCGCGUAGAAUUGUGUUUUCCACCAUUUGAUAAAACCUUUUAAGAUAUAUCACUAACUGAAAUAAACUACACAGAAA